CCAGGUCCUCCUUGGUGAAUGUCAGGCAUGCCUCGAAUGCAUCGUGGCUGACUCACCUCAAGGUGGCAAGUACCCCUCAGAGCCCAAACCUUGGCCACCACCCUUCUGAGAAUGAGGGGUAGGCCAGCUGCUAUGCUCCAGUUGCUAGGGCCUCUUUGGGAUCUCUGGAACCCCAUCUUUGAGCUCCACCCCAGGGCCCCACCCCUCUCUAGGAGGGAAAAGGCGACUGCUGGUUGCUCCACUCACAGCCACUGGGACCUGGAGUAGGAGGACUGGGAGGACAGACUGCUGCCAUUGCUGCCACCACUGCAGCCCGGGCCAUGGACCCCCAUGAGAUGGUUGUCAAGAACCCGUACACCCACAUCAGCAUUCCCCGUGCUCACCUGCGGCCUGACCUGGGGCAGAAGUUAGAAGAGGCUCCUUCCUCGACCUCAUCCUCUGAGAUGCAGCCUCUGCCCUUGGGGACCUGUGCCCCAGAGCCAGCUGGCUUCCUGCAGCCCACAGAGAUCCCAGGCCCCAAGGGGGCCAAAGGCACUACCCCCAACCAGACCUGGCAGCAGCCUUGCAACCCCUAUAGCAGUGGGCAGCGCCCAGCAGGACUGACCUAUGCUGGCCUGCCACCGGUCGGGCGUGGAGAUGACAUUGCACACCACUGCUGCUGCUUCCCUUGCUGCGCCUGCUGCCACUGCCCACGAUUCUGCCGCUGUCACAGCUGCUGUUGUGUUGUCUCCUAGCUUGCCAUCACUGUGGGACCCAGACCUCUGCUCAGUGGCCAAGGUGGUGCUGGACAUUAGGAGUAGCCAUUAUCAUGGUCAUUGGUCACUUCCUGACUUUCUGCCUUGGACGGGGU